CUAGAGACAAAACUACUGGCUCCCAAUAACAACAAACCCACAUGGGUAGUGCCAACGAGAGUCGAGAGACGGUUCCCUCCCCACCCAGUGAGUGACUGAGUGGUACACAGUAAACAACUACACCACUACCUCCUUCCUCCCCUUCCGCCCCUUCCGCCCCCUUAUCCCACGCCCAAAAGAUGACGUCUACUCUGAAGGACUACCCGCAUUUCUUUAUCAGCACCGAGCCCGGUGCGGGCGCUCCAGAUCCAGUUUUGGACCCCAACAUAACCCAGACGGCCUCAGCGGGUGAGGCGAGUAAUGAGAGUGAGGAUGACGAUCAAAUUGGAACGGAGGAGAAAGGUGUGUCUUCUUCCCCUUCAGUUCAACCCCCUUCCAAGAAAGUCAAGUUAUCCGAGUUUUCCGAACACGCGGAAAAGCAUUUGGAGAAAUUCUUGUUUGGCGCCGGAAUAACGAAACCAAUUGUCCCUAAGGUAGAAGAUGCGCUCAUUCCUGAAGAUAAAUUCGGCAAAGCACUUCAGGGCCAAACUGAUCCGGCGGUCCCGGUUCGAAAGCCAGCUUGGGAGGAUAAAGCUGAUCAGACCACCGUAAAAGAAGUGGCUUCGACCUACGCCCAAGCUCAUGGCAAGCACGGUUCCAAGGAUACGUCUACCGACAACUAUUCAAACUUCAUUCGCAAGAAGUUCCUGUCGAUUGUGGGUACGCCUAAAUGGGCGGAUCUAAGCGUUAAACGCGAUCAUGACGACGAGGACUCCGAUGACGAGUUUUUUAGGGAAACCACAGACAUGCUCGAAAAAGGCCACCAAGAGUCCAUCGCCAAAGGUCGUCUCGAGAGUCGAAAGCUCAAGGAUCUCAAUAUGACGGAUUAUAGCCAAGGAUCUGUCAUAACGGCCACGGAAUUCCACCCCAAAUGCACUGUCUCCUUGGUUGCGGGUCAAAAUGGCACAGCCACCUUAUUCCAAGUAGAUGGCAAGCGAAAUCCCAAGAUGCAGAGCGUCAAUUUCAAAGAUUUCCCCAUCAAGACCGCCCAUUUCUCUGCUGACGGCUCUGAGUUCAUCGUUGGAUCCCAGCACUUUGGUCAUUUUUACACGUACAAUAUGGAGAAAGGCGUCACCUCAAAAAUCCAGAUCCAAAAGAACUUGGAGCAGUUCAAUAUGCAGAAAUUCGAAGUGUCACCCGCUGGAGACUUAUUGGCCUUCCAAGGUCGAUUUGGAAGCAUUCAUUUCCUUCACGCCCGAUGCAAAACGCGUGCCUUCUCCCUCAAAAUGAACGAUGAUGUGAAGGCAAUGGCAUUUUCUCCGGACGGAAAGCAGCUUUACUCGCAUGGAGGAUCCGGUGAGGUCUACAUAUGGGACAUCGGGGCCCGCGAUUGUGUUCACCGUUUCUACGAUGAUGGCUGCAUCGAGGGUACGGCUUUGGCGGUGAGUCCGGAUUCUCGCUUCUUAGCCACGGGUUCGACGUCCGGCGUGGUCAAUGUCUAUUCCAAAGACAAGCUCCAUCUAUCCCGACCUAAACCCGACAAGAUCCUCCUCAAUCUGACCACCUCGAUCAACGAGGUCAGAUUCAAUCCCACGUCGGAAAUCUUAGCCGCACGAUCCAUGUUCAAGGAGAAUGGCGUCAAGUUACUUCACGUACCUUCUAUGACUACAUUUGAGAACUUUCCGAGUUGGAACUUUAACUUCAAACGACCUAAUUCCUUUGGUUUCUCUCUGAAUGGAGGUUACUUUAGCAUUGGGAACAACCACGGAGCGGCUAAUCUCUACCG